CUAUCUUGAGUCAGUAAACCGGAAGUGGAGAACAUGGCGACAUGUAAACAAUGUUCGCAUCAGCUUACUAUGCCAAACCAAUGAACGUUUUAUCUGUUAUUUGAGUUUCUUUCAGAAGUGUGAUUUCAACCAUCUUUUUCAGGAAGCACUAUGGGAUCUUGUGCGUCUAAUAAUUCAAAAGGGCUUCCCCAAAGAACAGUUGAAGUUCCUGGUCUAAAAAUUGCUGUUGUUGGAGACCCAGGAGUUGGCAAAAGUAGCGUUCUGGCAAGAUAUGUUCAGAACCAGUUCUCUCCCAUCUAUAUUCCAACUCGAAAGGUUGCUAUAGAAAAUCUUGUGAGGAAACUGAAUGUACCCAGCCAUGCUACAGUGCCCAUCUCUUUGUGGGACAUUCCUGGGAAGGAAGAUCUUCCCUUACACAAGAGCUAUUUCCGCAACCUGGAUGCCGUGAUUGUGACUGUGGAUCUCAGUGAUGUGUCCAGUAUUGAAUCUGGAAAGAUUUGGAGAGAUGUAGUCAUAAGCUCUGCAACCUUUACGCAAGAUGGUGAACCGAGAAACGUUGAGGAGGACAAAGAUAAUAAAGAUGAUUCUGAGAUGACGAAUAAUGAUGUGAUGAAAAGUCCAGACAAAAUUCCUUUUCUCCUGCUGGGAAAUAAACGUGACUUGAUUGCUUGUCAAGAGAAAGAAGACAUUCUGAUAUCUGACUUGGAUCCACUCUCAGAGGAAAAGAAUCCGGCAGAAAUACAAGAUACUCAGAAUUCUGAAUCUUUGCCAUUCGUAGCAAAAGCAUUGACAGAGGUAGCACAAAACGGAUUUGUUGGAAGUGUAAUGGUGUCAGCAAAGGAGAACGACCUCUCGGUUCACCUGGCAAUACAGAAUUUCUUGCGAAAAAUUCUGGAGAAAGACUACCACAUUGACAGGAAAUGGAAAGCUCAUGAAAAAAUUGUGAAAGAGAAGAAGCCAAGAUAUGAGUUCCAUCCCAUGAUGACUAAAGUUGGGAUCGAUGAGAUUGAUGCUCAGUUUGAGGUUGCUGAUGGUAUCAUCCACCGCGUAAAAUCCCUGCGUCUGUACCAGAACGACUGCUUUGUGAAGUUUGCAGAACAUUGCGUUGACAUUGGAGUGAUUGAGACGACAAAGGAGGCCAGCCUCCAGAACUGCCUCGUUGCACUGAGAGACAAGAUGGCGUCCUUGGAUCUGAAGCUGAAGCUGACACUUCAAGAUGACUUCUACACCCUGGAGGUCAAGGCCAGCAGUGAGGACGCAGAGCUGGAUACUCCGGUCAGAUACACGAUCAAAACCUUCAAUAAAGAG